AUGCUAAAGACAGAGCUCACCGAAGAUCGAAGCUUCCAGCCUCAGAGAAGAAGGCUCUUGUUGAGCGCCACGAGCGACGGCUUCAGCAACUCAUGGUAUCCUACAUCGGGAAUGAGGAGAGAGGACUGGACGCAGACUGUCAUGUCCACGAAUAACCUCUUUGAACACUCUUCUCAGAGCUUAGAUAGGUCAAGCCGUGUCUCUCUUGCCUUGCGGAGUCUUGGUCAUGCUGAGAGUCAGCAUUACGGUGCAUCUCAAGACGUGAACUCGAAGUAUUUCGAAUUUGGACGUGCUUACGCGGAUUUGAUCGUGUCGUCCGCAACAAGCUCGCUCGAAUACGUCGCAAGCAAGGGCUUCCAUGACGAAGCGUAUCCAGCCCUACUGAAGAUCUUGCAGAAUCAACGAAGUGAGCCUGCAAAUCACGCAGGACUUCGAAAACGCGCCGAGCGGGCAAGAAAGUUUUUCAUCGUAGCGCACCUGUUUGGAGUCUCGAUUCUCGACCGCGCAGAGCUAAUCAACGUCAUGAAGAUCGACACCAUUACCUUCGCCAUGCUCUCGUCGAUUAUGGCAAAUCAUAUGGAUCUGGUACAGCGAAUUAAACAGAUCCACUGA